GAGAGAGCCAACGAGAGACCAAGAUACAGACAGAGAGAGAGAGAGAGAGAAGGACAGAGCCAGAGGGAGAAACAGUAUACGCCAAGAGAGAAAAGGGCAAACAGCGGGAGAGAGAGAGAGAUGGAAGAGAGGAAUACAGAGAGAGAAGAGAGCACCUCUGCUUUGAUCCCUUGAGGGCAGUUACAGUGUAAGACGGAGAGAGGGAAAGAGAGACAUUGGAGUGGAAAGAGACCUUAUAGCCAGCCAUAAAGUCUCCUACCAGGACAGGGCAACAAAGACCCUCUGAAGCCAAAGAUCCCCUAUCCAGCCCUCUCACCCUGUGGAUGUACAACCUGGAUCAGGCUUCCUCCACACCUCAGCCAGAGUGAAGCCAACCUCCGACUAAGGCUCUGCCCGAUUCAACACUUCCUCCUUCGUACCCUCCGGACCUCCCCUGUCUUCUUCUGGGGUGGCAGCAGUUGAGAAUGCGUUCUGUGCUGCAGGUCUAGGGGGUUGCCAGUCACCUGAUCCUCGUCACCUGGGGGUCAUCGCAGGUCACCUGGGUGACCUGUCUCCAGUCUGGGGUCACAGGUACCAGACACCAUGGGCAGGACUCCUCUGAGAGACCAGAGAGAGGAGAGGACAGACAGGCCAGGCCGAAGCACCACCAUGGCUGGUUCUCCUGGGGAGAAGUCCAACUCUGAACCCUUCAGUUGGGAAGAGUACCUGAGAGAGACCUCCUCCAUCGCUGCGUCUCCCUGCUGCUUCAGACAGUCCAGGGUCCCGCCCUCCAACGACUUCAAGGUGGGCAUGAAGCUCGAGGCUCGCGACCCCCGCAACUCCACUUCGGUCUCCAUCGCCACGGUGAUGGGCAUGAUGGGAACGCGCCUGCGUCUCCGCCUGGACGGCAGCGACAACACCAAUGACUUUUGGCGUUUGGUGGACUCGUCUGACAUCCAGCCAAUCGGCAGCUGCGAGAGAAGGGGAGACAUGCUCCAGCCGCCACUGGGCUUUAGGAUGAAUGCCUCGUCCUGGCCCAUGUUUCUCCUGAGGACAUUGAGUGGAGCAGAGAUGGCCCCUACUGCAGCGUUCAAGAAGGAGCCCUCCAGGCCGUCCCAGAACCACUUCCAGCCCGGGAUGAAGUUGGAGGCGGUGGACAGAAAGAACCCGUACCUCAUCUGCCCUGCCACCGUGGGCGAGGUGCGAGGGGCCGAGAUCUUUGUCAUGUUCGACGGCUGGCGCGGGGCCUUCGACUACUGGUGCAGCUACGACAGCAGAGACAUCUUCCCUGUGGGAUGGUGCUGCCUCACCAAACACAGCAUCCAGCCCCCCGGAAACUUCUUCACCCUCCCAGGCGCCCUAUUGGCCCCCGUGUCCUCCGGCCCCUCCCCCCCCACCAGGCGCUCCAUGCAGUCCUCCUACCGGCUGCCCCACCCGCUGCCCCCUCUGCCCGUCAGGAAGGGGGUGAGGGGCCGGCGACCCAAGAUCCAGACCAUCGCCCUGCUGAAGGCCGCGGCCGAAGCAGCCGCCGCCGCGGCCGUCAACGGGGCCCCCGCUCUCGAGGCCCCCCCCAGGACCGGCCCCCCGCUGGCCCCGCGGCCUCACAAGAAGAGAGGCCCCAAGCCAGGGAGCAAGAGGAAGCCACGCUUUCUGGGGUCGUCCUCCGGGCCCCCCCCUGCCUCUGAGAGCAGACGGGGCAACGGGAGCCAGGGGCACACAGACAGCCUGAACAAUGGACACGGGCUGGGGUCCACAGUGUGUGUCUACGUGAACAAGCACUGCGACUGUGGCCCUCACCUGGACAGGAAGUUGGUCCAGCAGCUUCCUGACCACUUUGGUCCUGCCCCUGUCAAUGCCGUCCUCCAGCAGGCUGUACAGGCCUGCCUAGACUCCGCCCACCAGCCCUCCACCCUCUACAGCUUCCUACAGAGCCAAUCAGACGGCGGAGAGGUCAUCAGAGUGCGUUCGGAGGGAGGCAGCCAGUACGUGAAGCUGCCCCGAGCGUCCAGUGCCUCCUUCGUUCUCCGCUUCCUGGAGACUCUGUGUCACCAGCUCAAGACCUCCGACCUCUUCAGCUCCCAGCCUUUCAGCCCCUACGCCAGCCACACACGCACCUACGACCGGAACAGGACAGAACCCCAUCCCCACGGGGAGAACGGCCUAUCAAAGUCAGACUCCUCCCACUACCCAGGCCAAGCCCCGCCCCUUCGCCGCCUGAGUUCCAACGCCCCUGAGUUGGGGAUCACACGCCAGGCCAGAAGAGUGGAGGCUCCCAGUUCUACUACUGGUCCAGACCACCUGACCACAGACAGAGACGCCGAUGGCCACAGCCCGGCAUCCUGGUCCGUCGAUGACGUCAUCAGGUUUGUCCACGAGGCCGAUCCACAGACGCUCGGACCCCACCUGGAGCUGUUCAGGAAACACGAGAUCGACGGCAAGGCCCUGAUGUUGUUGCGGAGUGACGUCAUCAUGAAGUAUAUGGGCCUUAAAUUAGGCCCUGCCCUCAAACUAUGUAAUCACAUUGAGAAACUGAAACAGACGAAGCAGUAGAGGACCCAUACACACGCGCACACACACUAAGACACAUGCACACACUCAGACACACACACAUUUACACACGACGACGGGCUGCUCACCCUUGCAGAUCUCUCGACACCUCUAUCCCUGCUUUAGUCUUCUCUUCCACUCAGCCCCUACCCCCCCGCUGCCCUGAGGCCACACUACCAGAUCCUGGAGCUUCCUGUUGGUGUGUCACAGACACUGUCAUUGGCCAGGAGAAUGUCACAUGUCUGCGAAUGAAUGUGUGGAGUCCAUAGUUCAAUGUGAAACCGCUCCAAAUCAAAUAACCAUGGAAUCCAAGGAACUCAUUGCAGAUGGCAGCUCUCAUUGGCUGUUCAUUUCAUUGGACACAGACUUUUCUGUGAUUUGUUCCCCAAUUGGAGCUUUUGCCCUAGGACAUGUGAUGAUAUCUUUCCUUCGGAUUGGAGAGGUUGGAUGGAAUAUUUAUAAACAAGCAAGAAACAAACAACCCAUCAGUACUGGGAAAAAUAUACCAUUAUGUAGCAGAAGAUACUUUACUGUCCAACUGGGGAAGAAACUCUUUUGUACAUAAUGAAGCCAAAAAGGUUGUGUUUUUUAACAUCGGAUUUUAUACUGUAAACAAACUGUAAUGGAACUGGAUCACUUUAUCGAUAUAAAGUGACUGAUUUAAAUGUAAACUCUGUAUUACUAUUAUAAAGUGUGUUGAUGAACUGUGUUCUGUCACAAACGCCAGAAUGUUACCAUUUUACUUACUGGUCUGGGCAGAGUGUUCUGAACAAUGAUGAAAAUAAGCAUUUGUCUUUGAAUAUUUAUCAUUUCACAGUGUCAAAAGGAAUCAUUUUCAAAACAAUAUUAACUACUUACUGUAUAUUCAAAAGCAGUCUUUUUGUAAUAGCAUUUUCACCUACAAGGCUUUCUUAGCUGUUGAAACCUUGAUAUACUUGAAACCGCUUUGCUUUACUGUGAAUCUCAGGUUUUGGUAGGACUUUGUUUUUCUAGAGACUUUUCUAUUGUAGUAUUUUGCGUGACGUUGUGGUUUUCCGUUUGACUUCCUCUUGUUGGAUGUGCUUUACAACUUCCUGCAUUGUCAUCCAUGGUUCUGUAGCACACUUAACUCACUUUGACAUCAGAACGUUCCAGAGAAAUGCCUGUUUGUUAAACUACUGUUCACCAAUUAAAAUAUGUUUAAACCUG